AUGUGCUUCUGUGAUCUGUAGCUGUUUGACACUAUAUCCACUAUUGGCCUCAAAGCAAAGUAGCAGUGAAUCACCACAGAGAUCUUGUCAUCCUCGGAAACAACAGUUUAUUGGCAAACCAGCAUUUCACAGCUCAUACUCGUCAGAGCUUCCUGUGUGGUGUGCAGAGUUUGUCGGUUUGAUCAGGAGGAGCGCAGACUGACACGACUCUUCUCGCAGCUAAAGCUAAACAAGCAGAACCAGUGAUCGAAAUGUCAAACCCAGUGGUGACCCAUCAACCAGGUGCAGGUGGCUAUGGGACAAAUGUCCAAACAGGGCAGUGGAGCACUGGCCUGUGCUCCUGCUGCAGCGACUUCUUAGUCUGUGCUGUUGGUUGCCUCUGUCCAAUGGCAUUGAGCUGCUAUACAGCAAAUAAGUACGGAGAAAACUGCUGCUUGGGUUGUGUGCCAGGAGGCAUAACAGCAAUGAGGACUCACAUGAGACUGACCUAUGGUAUUCAGGGGACAGUAUGCAACGACGCCUUGAUGACAUUUUUCUGCGGACUUUGUGAGGUGUGCAGAAUGGCACGAGAAAUCCGCAUCAGGAAUGGAGAAGUUUCAUCAUAACAGCCCUAAAGGAUUCUGACCCACUAUGUGUCUUUUUCAUAUAGUGAUUACCCCUUCCAUUCUUCCUUUUUUCUUGAUCAAAUAAUUUGUUUAUUGCUUUUAGGAAACUUAGCUAACAACAAAGACAGAGAAACUUAUGCAAUUCAGAAUGUAUUAAAUGUAAUCUUUUCUGUAGCCUUGUAUUGUAUGUAUACCUGUGUGAAUAAAAUUAAUUUUAAAUGAA